AUGUCCUCAGAAGUGCAAGCCAAAGUUUCAGAGCAAAAGGCGUAUAGAACAAAGAAGGCUGCAUUGGGUUUGGUGGAGAAAUCACACAAGGAGCAAUAUUCAAGGGUCAUAGACUAUGCUGCUAAACUGAAGAGGGUUGAUCCAGACACAACAGUCGACAUCAAAUGCUCCUUCAGUAACCCUGGUCAGUGUCCUGUUUUCAAAAGAAUGUAUGUAUGUCUGGGUGCAUGCAAAAUGGGUUUUAUAUCAGGUUGUAGGUCAUUGUUAGGUCUGGAUGGUUGUCAUCUUAAGAGUCCAUAUGGAGGGCAACUUUUGUCAGCAGUUGGGUUAGAUGCAAAUAACACUACUUGGGUAGUAGCUUAUACAAUGGUGGAGCAAGAAAGCAAGGAUAGUUGGAUGUGGUUUCUUGAACUUUUGGCUAAAGAUAUAAACAUAACCAGUCAAGGAGCUGGGUGGACAUUCAUUUCUGAUAAGCAAAAAGGGAUUUUGCCAGCUUUUGAGAGAGUCUUACCAUAUGCAGAUCAUAGAUUUUGUGUCAGGCAUCUGUGGACUAACUUUAACAAGAAAUUUCCUGGAAAAGUAUUGAAGGACCAGUUAUGGGCCAUUGCGAAGUCAACCACGAUGGCUUACUUUGAUAAGGAGAUGAUACUCAUGAAUCAAAUGGAACCAAGAGCUUAUAAAUGGAUAACAGAUCCUCUAAGACCUGCGAAACAUUGGUCCAGGGCACAUUUCAACACCGUUGUGAAAUGUGACGUCCUUCUUAACAAUCUCUGUGAGAGUUUCAAUGCAUUUAUUCUGCCUGCAAGAACAAAGCCAGUGAUAACAAUGUUUGAGGAUAUAAGGGUGAGACUGAUGAAGAGGGUUCACACAAGGAGAGAUAAGAUGAUGAAGAUUCAGGAUCCUAUAUGCCCUAAACCAAGAGAAAUAUUGGAGAAGAACAAAGUUAAAGCUGCAACAGAUUGCAUUCCAACUGGUUCAGGUAGUGCAAAGAUUGAAGUGGAAAGCAUAGGAGGAUCUAAAUAUGUAGUUGAUCUUCAGAGAAGAACUUGUGCCUGUAGGAGAUGGGAUUUGAGUGGCAUCCCCUGCAAACAUGUUGUGUCUACCAUCUACUUCAUGAGGCUGAAACCUGAGGACUUUGUUGAUCCUUGUUAUAGAACAAAGACAUACAUGGAUAUAUAUUCCAACACAAUUAAGCCGGUAAAUGGAAUGGAUUUGUGGGCUAGGACUGGCAAUGAUGCAAUUCUUCCUCCCAGGUACAACAGACAGCCUGGCAGGCCAAAGAAUAUGAGAACUAAGGAUGCAUUUGAGAAGGCUACUGAUGGAACUAAGCUGGGAAGGAUUCAAAAUUCACUAAGGUGCAGCAAUUGUGGUACCUUGGGGCACAAUAUCAAGACUUGUCACAGGCACUUGCCACCGAAGGAGAAUAUCAGCAAAAAAAGGAAGUUAAACAGUGGAAAGGGAACCUCUUCUACACUCCAGGCUAAGGGUACCAAGAAGCCUCCUUUAACAAAGGAUGAGAAAAGGGCUAAACUUAAGAAAAGGGCAGAAAAGCUUAAG